AUGGAUGACGCCAAAAAGUACCUUUCAGACCGACUCUUGAGUGAGGAGGUACCGGUGACAUAUCGCCUGUUAAGCAGGGUGCUCAAUAUUCGGGUGAAUGCUGCCAAACAAAAGCUCUAUGAAUUUCACCAGAGUCAGAAUGCGUCCAAAGCGGAUUCGAUCCAUGCCACCUACUUGAUCUAUGGCUCCAAGACGGAACACAGACAGCCGGAGACUGGCGAUACUGACAUGGACAAAUCAGCACCAGAGCAUGAGCCUCUUUCUGAUUAUGCGCCUACCAAAACGGUUACUAUUGUGGCCGAAGAGAACCUAAAAGAUGCGCUGGCUGAAUAUGAAGAAGUCACUUCUUUCCACAUCUACAGUCUAGCUCCUUUCCCUCAAAGAGAUCUAGCAUUGCUGUCAGAUGUGUCAAAGUCACUGUCUGACUAUAGGAAGAUCGAAGAUUCAGCAAAAACGCUUGACACGUAUGGAAUAAUUGCCAACCCUCAAGCACGCAAGAAAGACCGAAAGGGACGUCCAUUUGUUCCAGCCCCGAGUGCGAGUGCGCCCAAGAGUGUCAAGCAGGAGCCGCAACCGACGCUUCCAAAGCCCAGUCAACCAGAAAAGGUCAAACACGAGGCCAAAGAAGCUCCAUCUGCCGAGUCUACCCCCUCAUCCAGCGCUGGAAAGAAGCCUCCCGCGACACUAAAGCGAGGUGCCUCUGGGGGUAUCAUGCAAUCCUUUGCCAAAGCAGCAGCAAAACCCUCCAAACCGAAGCCUAAGCCUGAGCCUAAAGCCAAGGAAGAAGAUACCAGCAUGGCUCUAUCAGAUGAUGGCGAAGCCGAGGACGAGGACCUUCCCGCUUCUAAAUCUGUCGAUCUGGAGGCUCUGAAACGAACAAGAAAACAACGUGAAGAGGAGCUUAUGCGCAUGAUGGAAGAUGCUGACGACGAAGUAAAGGAGGAAGCUAAGAAGGAGGAUGAGCAAUCAGACGAGGAAAUGGAAGAGGCCUCUGAGGCGGAACCGGAGCCUGAGCCCGAACCGGAGCCCGAACAGCAACCUAAAGAGGAUAAAGAGCCUACAGAAGUGAUAUCAACUUCCGGUGAUGGUCGCCGGAGAGGCAAGCGACGGGUUAUGAAAAAGAAGCGUAUAUUGGAUGACCAAGGAUAUAUGGUAACUAUCCAGGAGGCCGCGUGGGAAUCUUUCUCAGAAGAUGAAGCUCCCCCACCAGCGGCCACGAAAUCAACACCUGCAUCAACUCCCGCUUCAUCCACUCAGAAGUCAAAGAAAGCAGCAGCCGGGAAGAGCGGAAGUCAAGGCAGCAUUAUGUCUUUCUUUUCGAAAAAAUAG